AUGAUUGCUGCUCCGAGUCCCCUACGGAAGCGAUACUUUGGAAUACCAAGCUGGUUCUAUUCCUACGGAGAGGCGACUGCCCUGGUGGUUGAACUUGCGUUCUAUCCGACGUUUAUCAUAGUUUGGGUGUCGAAGCUGUUUUGCAGCUCCGCCACAGUGGCCAUCGUGCUGAACGGUUUAAGGACGGAACUUCAGAUAUUGGCGCAAUAUUAUGGACACAUCAUGAAGGGUUUGCAGCUUGAAGUUUGUUCGGAUCCGUCCAAGUUCCAUCGUCAUUUCCGCAAGUCCCCUCAAACAAGAUCUUGGUUCUGGAGUCAACUGAGACUUCGGACUGGGGUGGGCGUGCAGCAUCACGUUCACAUUUUGGAAUAUCUACACUUACUUCAACCGGUGUUCGAGAAGAUCUUCUUCCUGAUCUACUACCAGGCCCUGAUCGUAGCCGGAGCUGUGUUCUACGUAACCAUGCGGGACGAGUUCACUGUGUGCAGUGUUGCCGUCCUCAUGUGCAUGUCCAUUUCCGUCCUGGAGUGCUACUGGUGGUGCCAUCUGGUCGAUAGCUUCCAAGAUGUGAACAACACCCUUUCGCAUCACUUGACGAACCAGUGCUCCCAGCUGCCCCAUUCAGCAGAUCACCACUCGGAGUACGUCCAGAUGCGGACCACCUGCAUGAUCAUCGCGGAACGGGCCCACCGCGGGGUUGAGUUCAGCUGCGUCGGGAUGUUCACCAUAUCGACGGCUGCGUUUGCGAAUUUGCUCAACGUUUGCUAUUCGGUGCUGAUGUUCCUGAUAAAUGUUUGCGACAAGGUCGACCCGGUAAAGCAGUUUCAACUGUGGAUGGGGAGCAAAAUGUAG